AUGUCAGGCGACUCCCAUUGCAGUAGCUCUCGCUAUAUACCGCCAUGGACCCAACCUUACAUUAUUGGUGUGGCAGGUUGUUCGGGGUCCGGUAAGACCAGUGUGGCCCAGAUGAUCAUUGAAGAGAUCAACCAGCCCUGGACUGUGUUGUUAUCGCUGGACAAUUUUUACAAGAGUUUAAGCCCUGAGAUGAGUGCUAAAGCCUUUGCUAAUGACUACGACUUUGAUAAGCCAGAUGCGCUUGAUCUAGACCUGCUGUUCAAAUGUGUCCAAGAGCUUCGCAAUGGUCGCAAGGCAGAGAUCCCAGUCUACUCGUUUGCCCAUCACCAGAGGACUGAGCGCACUACCACAAUAUAUGGAGCUAAUGUGAUUAUUAUAGAAGGUAUAUAUGCUCUUUACAACCCGGACUUGCUGGAAUUGAUGGAUACCAAAGUGUAUGUCGAUACCGAUCUGGACAUAUGUCUUGCUCGGAGACUGAACCGAGAUAUAGUCCACCGUGGUCGGGAUUUGGAGGGGAUUUUGAAACAAUGGCAUCGGUUCGUGAAGCCGAACUCAGAGAGAUUUGUGAUUCCAACAAUAAGUUCUGCGGAUGUGGUUAUUCCGCGUGGAGCAGACAAUACUGUUGGAAUAGACAUGCUCACGAAACACAUUAACAAGCAGCUGGAUAUCAAGUCGCGGGAGCACCUGAGUCAUCUUGAAAUGCUCAGUCAGUCAACUGAAGCUUUGAACUAUGAGAAUGUAACCAUUUUGGAGGAGACGAACCAAUUAAAGGUGAUUAAUACCACACUUUUCGAUCGUGAGUGUGAUCGAACCGAGUUCAUAUUCUUCUUUGACCGAAUCGCCAUUUUGUUGAUCAAUGCAGGGCUCGAAUUUCUGGACUGUCGUGAAUCUGAAAUCCGGUAUACUCCGGGAAACCAUGCUUAUCGCUUUAUGGAGCAAUUGCAUGCGGUUGUCGCAGUCAGCAUCAUACGGUCUGGAGACUGUUUCAUGGACUCACUCAAGAAGACCUUUCCUGAGCUAACCGUUGGAAAGUUGCUGAUUCAGCAGGAUACUCACACUGGUGAACCACGUCUUCACACUGAACGCCUUCCAGACAUUGCUGGAAGAAAAGUGUUUUUGCUGGAUGCGCAAAUCGUCUCUGGUUCUGCGGCGAUCAUGGCGGUUCAGGUUCUGGUUGAUCACGGAGUUGCUGAAGCUGAUAUUGUGCUGGUGUGCUAUCUGGCGACUAAGGUGGGCAUUAAACGGAUUUUGCGCGCAUUUGGCGGCAUUGCAAUUGUAAUCGGGAAGCAGCAAAGUGACGAGCAGGGCUCGUCUUUUUUCAAAAGCAGGUUCAUUGAUGCGCAGUAUUUUGGGACUAGUUAG